AUGUCGUUCUGGGGGAUGAAUGUUUCUGCCGGAAUCUCGACUACGUUCAAACCCACUCGGAACUUAGUAUUGACAAAUGUUGCCAUCAAGAACUAUACGGAUGUGUUUGCCCGAACAACACUAGUUCUUGCUGUACAUGGCAAGGGUGAAUCUUUUAACAUUGCCACGAUGAGAGUAGGAGCGCUGGACCAUACUCAAAUCCUCAUUCGACUAGACAAGGAUAUCGAAUGUAGUCUGCACCUAGAAGGUCCAAAUCAACUCUCUGUGCUUGGACAUUUUGUUGAUGAUGUUCCCUCCAUUCUCGCUGCCGACCCGCGCCCAAAGACACUCAAACGCAAAUUAAUAGAAACAGGUGCAUCGGACGUUGACGCCAAACGUGUGCGUGUCAGUAUCGCGAACCCUUCGGUCGCAGGUCCUCCGAACGCAGGUCCUUUGAAUAAAGCAAGUCUCCCAAAUGUUACAGGUUUCGCGAACACCGCAGGUCCCUUGAACAUUGCAGAUCCCUCGAACAUCGCAGGUCCCUCGAACAUUGCAGGUCCCUCGAACAUUGCAGGUCCCUCGAACAUCGCAGGUCCCUCGAAUACUGCUAGUCAGUCUCCCAACAAAAAGAAGAAGGGCAAAAUCACUCAGCCGACGACUCAGGUUGCGAAUCGCAGUGCAGAUUAG